AUGAGUGACAACAAAGAGUACAAACUGGUUGUGUUAGGGAGUGGCGGUGUGGGUAAAUCUGCGCUGACCAUUCGCCUCGUGACAGAUAAUUUUCUUGAAGAUUAUGAUCCAACCAUCGAGGAUAGCUAUCGGAAACAGACAACCAUCGACAGCAGUCCGGCGCUGCUAGAUAUUCUAGAUACUGCCGGCCAGGAAGAGUACACAUCCAUGCAGGAUCAGUGGAUGCGUGAAGGAAAAGGAUUUCUCUUGGUAUACAGUGUCACUAGUCGCAGCUCCUUCGACGACAUUUCCGCUUUUAAGGACAAGAUCCUGCGAGCCAAGGACGUGGAUAAUGUACCUAUUGUACUUGUUGGCAAUAAGUGUGAUUUGGAUGCACAGAGACAGGUGGCCACUAAUGAAGGCAAAGAACUUGCCCGUCAGUGGGGGUGCGCCUUUAUGGAGACCAGUGCUAAAGAGAGAAUAUUGAAUGAAGAGUGCUUCUAUCAGGUGUCAGUUUUAGCCCUUCAGAAUUCAGCAUUCACUCCUCACAUUACCUUGUACCGGCUUAUUCGCUUCACCGCGGACAUUGCCGAAAAGCUGCUCUCAUGCAUUUUCCUCAUUAGCGGAGUCUACAGUAUGCAGCGAGUGCAUUACCCUUGUGAUAUUGUACGAAUGUUAAAGAAUCAAGUACAGGCCUCUACGGCCUGA